AUGAAUUUUGAAUAAGAAUUACAGCAAACUUUCUUUGAGCAAUAAAUAUCUGGACAUUCUAUAUUUAUAAAACUUAAUGAUGGGGAAUUUGUUGCGAAGUCAUGUUCAACUGAAAAUAAUAAUGAACAAAUUUUCUAUGAAUGGGUAUAACAUAUCCAAGGUUAUUAGGAUUUCUUCUCUUAAUAUAAUGGUGUAAUUACUUUGAAGGAUACUCAAGUAAUCGAAUAGCCAAAAGUUGAUUAACGAUAAUAAAAAUGGCUUGAAUCUCUGAUUGCGAAAAGGUUUAAUCCUAAUAACAAAAAAUACUUGCUUUUAGAAAAUUUGGUGCAGCGCUAAAAGAACCUUCGAAUACUUGAUAUAAAAUUGGGGUUUACAGUUGAAAAAAAGUCACAUAUAAUACGUUAUUAAGAAUCAACAUCUUCGAAAGUUGGUCUGCGAAUUUGUGGAAUGAAAGUUCAAGAAAACGAUGAAAUAAUAGUUUUUAGAGAUAAGCACUGGGGGAGACGCAUUUCAGUAGAUGAAUUGACAGAGGAGUUGAAAACUUUUUUUAACAUACAAAAAAAGAAAAUGAUUAUAAAUUUAACCGAAUAAGUUGAACAUCUGAAAUUAUUUAUAACUCAAAAUUGCAAAGAAGUGGUCUCCUGGCAGGGAACGAGUUUAUUGAUAGUUUCUGAUUCAGAGGAUGAUUUAAAAAUCAGACUAAUUGAUUUUUCAAAGGCAAAAGUGGACAAGCAAUCGAAUAAAGGGAAUACUGACAUAAUUGAUUCUUUGAAUAGUUUAUUAGAACUAGUUAAGCAGAUUUGA